UGAAGAGAUGGGAGGAGCGUGCCAACAGAUUCAUCUCCAACAACUGCGAGCAGCUCUCCAUCCGGGCAGUCUGGAACACGCCAUCGUCCACCUCGUCCCACACCACCAUCACCCAGAAGCAGACGAGAAUGCCGCGGAGAAUUUGGAUGACCUUGUGACCUCGGGGAUGAGUCAUGUCAUGUCGAGCUGGCAGUCACGACAUGAGACAAACAAGAAACCAUUUGUCAUUACAGAAACGGAGAAGAAGGCAGUUUUGAACCAAGGAAACAACGUGAACAGAAGCCAAGAAGUCACAGGUCAUUUCUUAGAAAGGUUCCUGGACUUGUCCAUCACGUGACCAACUUCCUGAGUGACUGUUACUACUGGUUGUCAUGGAUACAGAACUGUAGAUAAACCCUAUUUUCUUAGAAGAGUUUGUAUAUAUACACUUGUAAAAAUAUUGUAAAUAUUUGCAUAGAAUCAUCUUAAAUAUCACCAAAAUUCGUUCAAAUAUAUUGUCAUUGGAAAACAAACUUACAAAUCGUGUUGUGUAUGCAGAUGGUGGUAAUAGAAGCAGCAUGGCGUGUGUACAUCUAGCAGUCAAACAGAAUUAAAACUCAUUUUCCAAACUUACAUAA